UACCAAUUAUCCAGGUAAGCUGACAAUUGAACGAUGAUGACCCCAUCCACCAUCUAUGCAUGUAAUUAGAUCCUAUAAUAGCCCAAAUUUGUUAUCGUACAAGUCCUAACUAGAACUCUGCCGAACAUUUAGGAGAGGACUACGGCGGGUGAGUAUUUUAUGAUUCCAAUGCAUACUUAAAUGUUUUCAUUUUAUUUCAGACUAGGAUUCGAAUGUUACUAUUGCAACACAAAAAGGAGAUGUAAGAAAUUUACAGAUAUGAUUCAUCACCUACUUGAAAUAAUAAUUAAUGAAAAUAAAAUGAAAUGCUUGAAAUAAUAAUUAAUGAAAAUAAAAUGAAAUGUUCAAAAAUUCAAAAUUCAGCCCCAAUGAAAUGUCAAUCUGAUUUAAUAACACAUGAAAUUCAAUACAAUGAAAUGAUGACAACUGAAAUUGAAUGCAGCAAAUCCUCCAAUGAAAUGGACACUGUCCAGAUUCAAGAUGAAACAACUGAUUUUGAUUAUUCAUUAAUGGGCGAAGAUAAUGAAAUGAUAGUCACUGAAGAAAUGAUAUGUGAAAUGAAAAAAAUGAUUCCUGUUGUUGCUGAAAAACUCUCAAAAGAUGAGUCAG